GAAAAAGUCGAUUUUUGCAGGAGAUCUGUAACAUUAUUCGUGAAAAGGCUCAAUCAUCAAAUGAUAAUGAAAUUAAAUCUAUACUAGGAGAAGCAAUUUUUCUGAGUAUUACAUAUGGAAAUGGAUCUGAAUUUUCAGAUCUUGAUGUGGGUAUUGGUGCAGAAGCUUCGUUAGCACUGAGGAUUUUAUAUACCUACUUUAUAUAUGGUAAUGAAAGCAUGCCUUACAACUUGUUUGCGCGAAAUAUCGGAAAAAAUGCUAGGCAGUUAGGUCUGGGUAUUAUUUUACGAGCUAUUCAUGAAAGCAAGCAUAGAGGAAAUAUGAGAAAACUUGCAAUUAUUGUUGGAAUUGAUGAGGUCAACAAACUAUAUGACAAGAAUCAGAAAGCUUGUCGCAGUCUUGUAGAUAGUAUUGGCAAAAUGAGUUGUGACUCAUGGCCAAUUUUUUUCGUUCCAAUCUUGGCAGGAACAAUUGAGGGUCCACUCCAGUCAAUAAUUAUGAAAUCCAAGCAUCAAGCUCUUCAGUUACCACUAGAAUUACUGGAUGAAUCGCAUGUGCAAUUAAUUGCAUGUAACCUUGGAUUUGAUGAAACCUUUGUUUAUCAAAAUAAUCUUUUCAAACGUAUUAUUGCUGAUAUAGGUGGUCAGGUGCGUGCUUUGGAGAUAUUCUACGAAUUAAUUUGGGACGAAGCAAAAACGAAUAAAUUGGAAGAUAUCGAUUUAGUAAAUACUAUGCACUUACUUGAGGAAAGGCUACAUUCAUGCUAUGACUUUAAAACUUUUGCAAGCCAAAUCACUCCGGUGCUUGCGAAUGCAAUUUUAAAAAGAUCUGUUAAUGAAAAUGAUGGUAUUUACAUGGAUGAAUAUAAAAAUAAGUAUGUCUCAUACAAAAUGUCGAAAUCCCUUGGCAUUUUGAUGCUCAAACCAGUUGAUAGUACAAGGUUUUAUAUACGUCUCCCAUAUAUUUGGAUGUGGCUUUUGUUAAAAAACGCUGGUGAUCAAUCAAUUUAUAAAUUUUUGAAAUUGAUGAUUAAUCCCGAGGAACAAUUUUAUUGGCAACAAUGGGAAAACUUUAAUGUCAAUUUUUGGGCCUUGCGCAUGUGCUUACUUUCAGUACUUGGUUACAAAGCAAUAAAGUUAAAGGAACUGCUAAAGGGAGCAUUGUAUUCAGAUGUAGAUAUGGACGUGGAUGUGGAUAUCCCUGAUUAUAAUUCAGUUCAAGUGCAUUAUCUUAGUGGACGAUACCCAUCAGAUGAUAAUGUUUUAGAUUCUAAUGGUCAAUCAUGUGAAAUUUCACAUAACGAUAAUAAUAAGAUUUAUAAAAAUGGUGAAGGCGCAGUGUGUGAUGGAUUUUCUUUUCUAAUAAUUAAUCGCGGGCAACCAAUGUUAUUGGCAUUGCAAAUGAAAUGGCGAGAUCUGGAAUCAGAGAAUCCACAAAAAAUUAACGAUAAGAUGAUUAGUAAAGAAUAUAAUAAAGUUAAGGACUUCGCAAGAAAGAUUGGGUUGGAUAACUGGCUGUUGUUAAUCCUGUCAAACUGUUCGAGCACAUUUAACAAAUCUCUACUACCAACAAGAUGCGCAAUUGUUGACAAAAAUAAUUUUAUUGAGUUUUAUGGAAAAAUAUAUUCAUCUCGGGCCCAAUUUGCUGCCGAUGAACAUGUAAGGACGACACCCCACGAGCACCCCGCAACAGACGAACGAAGUGCGAGGAACGACACCCACCGCAAGGAGGAACGACACCCCUACAACACCCUGUUGGUUGCACAUCAUCGCCUAUGA